GACUGUGAUGCUGUAGCAGCAAUGUCACAGCUGUAUUACAAGAAAAAUGACUCCUCUUCAUACAGGGACCGCAUCCCCCUGCGUAUUGUACGGGCAGAGUCUGAGCUCUCUGCCCUUGAGAGGGCCUACCUGGGGGCUGUUGAGAAGGGGGACUAUGCCAGUGUAAAACAAGCCCUGGAAGAGGCUGAGAUCUACUUCAGGAUCAACAUCAACUGCAUUGACCCCCUGGGGCGCACAGCUCUGCUCAUUGCCAUUGAAAAUGAGAACCUGGAGAUCAUUGAGCUGCUGCUCAGCUAUAAUGUAUAUUUGGGUGAUGCCCUGUUGCAUGCCAUCCGCAAAGAAGUGGUGGGGGCCGUGGAGCUGCUGCUCAACCAUAAGAAGCCACGCGGGGAAAAAAAGGUCCCACCAAUUCUACUGGACAAACAGUUUUCAGACUUCACACCGGACAUCACUCCAAUCAUCCUUGCUGCCCACACCAACAACUAUGAGAUCAUUAAACUGCUUGUUCAGCGAAGUGUUUCCAUACCUCAGCCACAUGCUGUGCGUUGUAACUGUGUAGAGUGUGUCUCCAGUUCAGAUGUGGACAGCCUACGUCACUCACGCUCGCGCCUCAACAUCUACAAGGCCCUUGCCAGCCCAUCUCUCAUCGCCCUCUCCAGCGAGGAUCCUUUCCUUACAGCUUUUCAACUCAGCUGGGAGCUUGGGGAGCUCAGCACAGUGGAGAAUGAGUUCAAGUCAGAGUAUGAAGAGCUGUCCCAUACAUGUAAACAAUUUGCAAAGGACCUCUUGGACCAGACCCGAAGUUCUAAAGAGUUGGAAAUAAUCCUCAACUACCGUGAUGACAUCAACCCCCUGCUAGACGACAACACAAAUGAUCUGGCCCGACUCAAGCUGGCUAUCAAAUAUUGCCAGAAAGAGUUUGUUGCUCAGCCUAACUGUCAGCAGCUGCUGGCUUCUCGGUGGUAUGAUGAGUUCCCUGGCUGGAGGAGGCGGCACUGGGCAGGAAAACUCAUCACGUGUAUCUUCAUUGGCCUCCUCUUCCCACUGUUAUCCAUCUUCUACCUGUUCUCUCCAAAGUGCCGCUAUGGCUUAUUCAUUCGUAAGCCCUUCAUCAAGUUCAUCUGUCACACUGCUUCCUACCUGACCUUCCUGUUCCUGCUCCUUCUGGCCUCGCAGCACAUAGCGUCUGUGCAAAAGGACUAUCAAGGCCCACCACCCACCACGGUGGAAUGGAUGAUCCUGCCCUGGGUGCUUGGCUUUAUCUGGACUGAGAUCAAACAGAUGUGGGAUAGUGGUUUCAAAGACUACAUUGAUGACUGGUGGAACUUAAUGGACUUUAUUAUGAACUCCUUGUAUCUUGCAACAAUUUCUCUGAAAAUUGUUGCCUAUGCAAAGUACAGUGGGCAUAAACCCAGAGACAACUGGGAAAUGUGGCACCCGACUUUGAUAGCAGAGGCAUUGUUUGCCAUCGCCAACAUCUUCAGCUCCUUGCGCCUCAUCUGCCUUUUCACUGCCAACUCUCACCUUGGCCCCUUACAGAUCUCACUGGGCCGCAUGCUCCUGGACAUCCUCAAGUUUCUCUUCAUCUAUUGUCUGGUGCUGUUAGCCUUUGCCAAUGGCCUCAACCAGCUAUACUUUUAUUAUAACGACGAUAAAGAGAAAUGCUACGGCGUACGCUGUCAAAAUCAAAACAACGCAUUCUCAACGCUGUUCCAGACGCUGCAGUCAUUAUUUUGGUCGAUAUUUGGCCUAAUUUCCCUAUAUGUUACCAAUGUGGGACCAGACCAUAAAUUCACUGAGUUUGUGGGCUCCACCAUGUUUGGCACGUACAAUGUCAUUUCCCUGGUAGUGCUUUUAAAUAUGCUAAUUGCCAUGAUGAACAACUCCUACCAGCACAUUGCUGAUCAUGCCGAUAUAGAGUGGAAAUUUGCAAGAACAAAAUUAUGGAUGAGUUAUUUUGAAGAAGGGGGAACUCUGCCUUCUCCUUUCAAUAUAAUACCCAGCCCAAAGUCUGUUUUUUAUCUAUUUGGAUGGAUUAAGACACAUCUCUUCAGGAGAACAAGCAUAAAAAGGCUUGAAACAUUCGAAACUCUGGGGAGACGAGCAGCCGAUAAUGUGAGAUUAAACUAUGAAUAUCAGGGGGUUUUGAAGAACCUCGUGAAGCGUUAUGUGGCUGCAAUGAUCAGAGAUGCAAAGACGGAGGAAGGGCUGACAGAGGAGAAUUUUAAGGAGCUUAAGCAGGACAUCUCCAGCUUCCGCUUUGAAGUCCUGGGAAUGAUGAAGGGUAAACCUCAAGGUGAGGGGGUCGCUGGUAACGUUCUAGGCUCCGCCUUGGCUUACCCUGGAAAUUGUUUCAAAUAUUCUCCCAAAUUCCCUAUUGAUGAGCCACAACAGAAGCUGAGCCUGUUUGACAUGACCAACCCCACCCUGCAGAGCGGAGCGUCCGCCACCUCCAUCCCUGUGGGCUCUAACAGUCAAGCCAAUGGUUCAGUUGUCCUGUCCAGCACAGAGCAGACUCUGAACAAGCUAUGCAAAACUGUCUCAGAUGCUGUGUCCCCCAAGAGACGGAGCAGACUCCCCUCUCUCUGUGAUGAAAUAUACUCAUUGUCAGAGGAAGAUAUGUUGGGAACUGAUGGACAAAACCAAGGAGACUUACUUCAGACUGAGAAAUCCAUUAUUGAAUGCUUACGGCAAGCAGAUAAGGACAUUCAGGAGAUUGAGCAUUCCUGCAAAGAACAAACUAAGGAAGUGAACAAUGGGCCAAAAAAAUAGACGCAAAAUAAUCUGUGUCUGCUAGUGUGAGUUUUUAACCAUGUAUAGAUGUUAUUUAUUUGUUGGACCUACAUUCAUUCAUGUAGCAGUUGAAAUCAGUUUAUCAGAGUACAAAUUCUCGAAUGUUGAAAAGUUAAACUGUACUCAGUGUAAUAAUCAUGUAUUCUCUUGUAUAGUACACAGCAUAGAGGUAUAAUACAAUUUCUCACAUUGUGUUACAAGUAUUCCUCUCUGAUUGAUAAAACGUAUACAACACUACAGAGCAAGGCUAACUUGAACCUCAGGGAAUUGUAAAGCAAGUUAGAAAUGUAUAUUGUACUUUGAGCGUUUAAUUCCAAAGAGCCUUGACGACACUGCUGCCUAUCCUAUCCUCUUUCCCUUUGAUAUCUUACUGUAAUUUGCAAAAUCUCUACUACGAUAACUAUAAUAUAACUCCAAAUGUUCUAACAGUUUCAUACAGGAAACAAUACUCAGGAUAAUAAUGAUCAGAUAAAUAAUAUAAGUGUAGUUGUAUUUAAUAACCUAACAAUUCCAUGUUAAAUCUGUACGUAUCCAGGUUAACAAUGUAGCAUCUGGAUUUUUAUAACUUUGGCUAUUUUUUAUUCCACCAUUAAUUUCCUAACCUGUUCAGGGUGAGAAGAAAUGUAUUACUCUAAAUGUUAUUGAUGGAACAGAAGAGAAACAAAAUUAAGUCAAGAUAUGUUGCACAUGUAUUCCUAUUCCUAAAUGUGUAGUUACUGUGGAACUUUGUAACUUGUAAUGUAUUUAAACCUCUCUGUUAUUAAAUGAAAGAAAUGGCCAUA